GUUUGAACUGCGCGGCGGUUGGAGCGGGGCGGCGGCGCUGAGGGAACCACCUCUCUGAUGUUCUUCAGCUCUUGGAGCCUGUUUUCAUGAUGGCCUGGGCUCUGUGUGCCAAAUGAGUAAAAUUCUCUGGUCUCAGCUGAGAGCUUUGAAAGGAUGCAGCGAAGACAGAGUUCUAAGACCCCAAAACAGAGCCUGCAAGUCCACCCUAAAAAUCAAACUGAUCUCUCUGCCUGGAGAAAAGGAGGGAGGAUUGACCCUAGAGAAAGUGGUGAGAAUCAUCCUAAUGAUGAAAGAAAUGACAGCACUCAAGGCUCCCUCGAGCAAGCCUUGAGCUACUUUGAGAAAGUUCAAGGGCAUGUUUCCCUGAAGAAGAACAGUGUUCUGCAGAAGCACCUGGCUACAGUGGAGAGCACAGCCCUGCAGACAGGAUUGCCCCCUGAAGGAUUUGAUGUGUUGCUCAACGUGGCACUCAGUGGGAAACUUGCUGAUACAGUGAAUACUCGUUUACUGAAGAGCCUGGUUCCAGCCUCAGUUGUACCAGAAACGUGUGUGGUUUCAUCUGUGUCCUGGCUCUGUGUUGGCAAAUGCUCAAGCAGCAUCCAGCUGCUGUUUUUGAGAUGGCUGAUCACGGUGUUUGACUUCAUCGAUCACAAGGAACAGCUUCAUGCCCUCUAUGGUUUCUUCUUUUCCUUCCUUCAAGAUGAGAAGAUGUGCCCCUAUGUCUGCCACCUGCUCUACCUCUUGACCAGGAAAGAAAAUGUCAAGCCUUUUCGGGUUAGGAGGCUGCUGGACCUUCAAGCAAAGAUGGGCUUGCAGUCUCACCUCCAGGCUCUACUAUCUCUUUACAAACUCUUCUGUCCUGAGCUGGUGACCAUAACACUUCCUAGCAAAAUGAAGACUUACUUCAAGAAUUCAGAGGGCCCAUGGAAAGCAGCAAUCAAGACCUUGAGGCGGAGGAAUCAGGGAAACUCACCCUUGUCCCAGCCACUGUUCUUAGGCACAGCUCAACCUCAGUCACGUAAAAGGAAAUGGAACAGCCAAUUGAUGCUGCCUAAAGUCAGUACAAGCAAAAGUAGUUUGGAAAGGGACAGGGGAAAGCCCCAUGUUGAUUUGCACAGUACAGAUGAGACUCUCCCAGUGGAGCUGCUGCAGACCUUUCCCCAGCUCCUACAAAACAUCCACCGGCUAGAGUUUCCAUCCCAGAUGGGCUCAGUGCUAACAAACCCAUUACUGCUUCACUACAUGAAUUGCAUCAAUGAUGAAUCCAUUUACCUGAGACUCAAUUAUUGGAUGGGCCAGACUCUUCAGGAAGAAUGCACCUGGUGUGUGGCUGAUAAUAGCAUCUAUGAAGAAGAAUUCAAAGACUUCCUGGAAACUGUCUGCAGGGCAGAGUGUUUCUUGCAGGAAGGAUUUUCUUCCUGUGAAGACUUCUUGUACAGGAGCCUCCCUCUGUGGGAUGGAGUCUGCUGCCAAUCACAAAUCCUCAGACUCGUGAGCUGGAUCCCCCUCAACAGCUUCUCUGAAAUGAAGUCCCACCUCUAUAAUCCUCUGGCACAGCUUUUUUUCACGUCAUCCCUUUACUUUAAGUGCAGUGUUCUUGAGAGCCUGAAAGAGCUGUUGCAGAACUGGUUGAAUUGGCAUGUGGUUCAUCUGGGUUCAGACUCUGAGACUCAAGUCCAUCCUUUGAACACCACCCUGUCCAGGUUAGUGACCGGCAUCACUGAGCUGAUCCACUUUGUGGGCAGGAUCUCUACCUUUGCCUUGAGUUUGGAAAACAAUUCCAGCUUCUUGCUGUACUUCAUCCUGGAUUUCUAUGAGACUGUGUGUGAUGUGUAUGAGAAGUACAACCUGCCUUUGUUGAUAAUGCCUCCUGCUGGGGUUUUCUACCCAGCACUCCUCAGCAUGGAUCCUGUCAACCUGAAUCAGCUGUGCUACAUUAUGUACAGGUAUCGAACCAACUUGGUGGCUGCAAAGGAAAAUGAGCUGAAUAAAAAGAAAAGACAGCAGUUCAAGCUCAGUAGCCAGACAUUUCAGGAGUACAACCAGUACACAAUAGCUAUGGUGGGUUGUCUGUGGACAUCCAGUGCAUUCCAGAAGGAUCUUCAUCCUCAAGGGCUUCGUAUGGAUGAUGAACUGCUGAAGACAACUGCAGUGCAAGACUUCAAAAACAGCUUUAACAUUGUCUACCACCCAGCCAUGAUUGGCCAUGCUGUCAACUUCCUGCAGCAGGUUUGUCCUCAUGAUACCACCUUAAACUUCAGUUUAAUUAAGGGAAAGAAGUGGAACUGGUACCUGGAAUAUCUCUAUGCACAAGGUUUAAAGGGUCUGAAGGUCUUCAUUGAAAGCAGCAUCAAUCGUGUUUCCCAGGCCUCCCACCGCAAAGCAGAGAACGCAGAGGUGUAACCCUGGGACUCACUGGAGCCUUUUUAUCACCAGGAACAGGAAAGCAGAAUAGAAUGGACUGUGUCACUAAUUCCUCUUUCCUCAAAGGAAAGAGAGGGAGCAAUUACCCUUGUCUGCAUUUUUGUACUGACAUCCCUUUGGAGAGAGGGAACCAUGGAAGGAAUGCUUAGGCUGGCUUGGUUCACUGACACUGAACCCUCUCCUGUCCUUGCUGAACUUGCCUGGUCAGAAGCUGCUGAGCUCAUAUGUAUCACCCAUGGGGUUUUUUCAUCCUCUCUUGGAGUGUCUGCUUUGACUGAGAAACAACCAUUUUCCAUCUCUAAACUGCAAUGAGCAGUGCUGCUUCACUUGUAAGUAAUGUUGCUCCCUGAGCUGCUUUGCUUUUAUUGACAGGAGAGAAUGAGAAACAAUUCAAUCAGCCUUCCAGGGAUACCAUGUAUGUACUGCACUACAAGUUCUUCAGUUCCCUCUUGUACCAUGUAUACAGUGGUUUUUAACAGGCUGCCCUUCCUGAACUUGCUCCCUAAAGACACUUUUGCCUAAGGCUGUUUAUGAUAUUCUAAUGCAGCUAGAAAGCUUGGUGCUCAGUUGUGGUUUAUUGAUGAUUUGAGCACUAGAACAAUGUUGCACCACUUCACUGUUUUCUAUGAAGUGCAAAUGUAGCUUCCCUCUGUGUGUUUUUAGCUCUGUGUUGUGUAUGAUACCUGUACAUAUGGAUGUAAUUUAUACUGUGUCAAAUGUUUUCAACAUGCCCCUUUGAAGGAACUCUGCUACAAAACAAGUCUUCUCCUGUUGCUUCAUGUCAACACUGCGUAGGAGUUGGGAGAAGCUGGACUCAGGUCUCUCAGAUUUGCAUGGACUUUCUUUCACUGCUGUAAAACAAGGCUGUAACCAUUUAAAAGAGAGAUUCUGCAUUGUCAGUCUGUACUUUUGAUUCAGUAAAGGAAUCAGUCCUGCAAGUGACUCCAGAGCCACUAAGGAUGUGUUCAGUUUCUUCAUCCUCUCAGGUCAGUCUGGCUCUAGCUUGAGUACAAUACUUCCCAGCUCAAACAGAUGAACUGGUGUGUAUAUUUAUAUCUGGGUAGACAUGUAUUCUCUCCAGAGAAUAAGAAAAUCUUUCACUGGAGGCUUUGAGAGAGGGAUUUGCAGAGGCAUCUGCCUAAAGGAUUGCCCUUUCUCAUCUGGCUGUGUUAUUCCAGCUAGUGUCAGUUCUGCUUGUUAAUUUGUGUCAAGAUUCUGUGUUCUCAACAGGGAUUCCUCCCAGUGGAUGUUUCCAGAUGUGGCCCUCACAUACAACCAGUUACCUCCUUAAAGAGCUGUUUUGGUCUAGCUUCUCUUGUUGGCUGAGCUAUCCCAACACCAUUGGUUGGCACUCUUCUAGUGUUGCCUUUUGUUUGACUCCUUAAAGGUUUCAGCUACAGACCCAAGGAGCAGUGCUCUGUAGCUCCAUAGUUGUUUUUAUGGAGCUGUCUUCAGGAAGGUAUUGGAAAUGUCAGCAUUUCUGCAGGGAAGCCAAUGUACUGCAUCCCUUAAGGACAGUUCAAGCCUUAACUUUAGUCCUUACACCAUACAGUUGUCUUCAGAUGUUGAUCAGCCUUAUACUUCCCUAUUGCUGCACUGGGAGUGUGUGUAGGAGUUGGGCUGGAGGGACUGACAGCCCUAGGGAAACAUGAGGUGAAGACACAGAGCCAGUUAUAGAUCUGUGUGUGGUAAACUCCUUCAGUGGGAAAAGGAACACAGAGCAUCUCAGAGCAUUCCUUCCUGGCCAGGAAGACAGACUUCAUCCUACCUCGUGCUGUUUGGAGUUUAUGCAGAGGUUAUGCUGUGUAGCAUUCUUGUCAGACUGGGCAGUGCUGCCAGGGACUGGUUGAGGUGUGAAAGGUGCCCAGGUCCUGGAGUGGGAGGAUUGGAAAUGGCUUUAAAGAGUCUUAUAGCUGAAUCCUUUAGGAUGUAUUGAAUGUUGUAGAGAUAUUGGUCCCUGAGAGCAGUUUUCCCUUGAGGCUGGUGUUUGGUUGAGAAAGCACAGGAUUGUGUUGUUGCAGCAUCACAGGUCUCUUAUUGAACCCCAUGUUACAAAAG